AUGCGUGCCACAAGACUGAGCCUUCUUGAUGAGAUUGGAAAAAGAAAAGCUGAGGAUGUUUUUCGUCUGAUGUACAGCCAGUGGCAGAGGGUCGCUGAUCUUCUUUUGGCUCAAUCAGGAUUAAGAUUUCCAGCACCUUCUAAUUGCAUGCAAUUUGAAAUUGGUCCAGUAGAGCAAUUCUGUCAGGAACUUGUUGUAACUAGAUUUGAUUCUGAAGCAUUAGGUCAGGGCUUAGCACGUGCUGAAACUGAGAUUGCUGCAGAGGAAAUUUUUAAAGCUAAAGAUCAGGAGAUUUCUCGAUUAAGAGAUCGACUGCAAUAUUGUGAAGCUGUUAAUCAUGAAAUGUCUCGGAGGAACCAGGAAGUUAUUGAGGUAGCACGAAAGCAGCGCAAAAAGAAAAAAACCCUGCAGAAGUGGCUAUGGUGUGGCCUAGGUCUCUCUAUUACAAUCGGAGCUUCAGUGGUUGCUUAUUCUUGCCUUCAGCAGACAAGUAAAUAUCGAGCCUUCGCUGACUUCAAGUGA